AUGGCCAAGUUCUCCCUCCUCACGGCAGUGCUGGCACUAGCCUCCUCCGUCUCUGCCCAGUGCGGUUCCGGCACUCCCAACGCCCGCGUGACCGGCUCCGGAAGUUCCUUCGUGGCAACCAGAGGAUCCACCCAGGUCUACACCGGCUCUAACUACCUCGCCGCCAUCCAGGCCGCCGUCGACGCCAUCACGAGCGGCCAGCGCGUCUCUGUCAUCGCUUCCGGCUCCAUCGGCGCCGGCACCAUCACGAUCGGCGCCGGCAAGACCUUCGAGGGCUGCGGCACCAUCAAUGCCGGCCUCCGCUCCGGCCGCGGUGCCAUCGAGGUCACCGACGCCGCCGGCGUCAAGAUCCCCUACCUCACCAUGACCGGCAACCCCUACUUCGGCUUGCGCUUCUCCGGUACCAAGGACCUCACCCUUGGUGCCAUCAACAUGAACCUCAGCGGCGGCAUCGGCAUCCGCUUCGACCGCGACCGCGCCGCCAACUCCAACGUCAAGAUGGGCACCAUCACCGUCAACGGCGCCGGCAGCCACGCCGUCGAGACUUGGAACAUCGACGGCCUCACCAUCGACCAGGUCAUCGCCCGUAACUGCGGCGAGUCCGGCCUGCUGCUCCAGAACACCAUAAACGCCCGCGUCGGUCUCGUCGACGGCAACAACAUCGGCGCCGGCACCGGCUACGGCACCCUCCGCUUCGCCAACAACAACGGCCAGCUCGCCAACGGCGCCUACACCACCAACGUCUUCAUCACAAAGGUCGUCUCCCGCGGCGGCGGCCGUGGCGUCUUCUGCGUCUCCCAGUCCGGCGGCGCCGAGAUCGGCACCAUCGACCUCGCCAACAACGGCAACAACGCCAUCCUCAUCGAGAACUGCUACGGCAUUACCAUCAAGGGCGGCACCGUCAAGGGCGGUGGCGAGGUCCGCAUCUCCGCCCGCUCCGAGUUCCCCAACACCCGCGACAUCUCCAUCACCGCCAAGGUCGACGACACCACCGUCCGUGAGUCCCCUUGCGGCACGAACAUCAAGUGGAACCUCUCCGGCAACGCCGCCCGCAACAUCUGCUCCUAA